ACCAGCUCGGCCUCAGUAGUAGAACACCUCCCCCCCCCCCUCCCCCCAAAGACCUCCUCUUCUCUUCUAUUCUAUCCUUUCUUAGUUAUUCUUCUUUUUCUUUAUCCGCAGCUUCUCCGCUUAUUAACGUCUUUCUCUUCCCUUGCCUCUCCCUCCCUCUUUUUACUCUUGGGCUCGCUAACGCUAUACCCGCUACCACCCGCCAUUUUUACGACUGGAACGCCAUAACGAAUCUGAUGAUUUUUCUUUCCCCCGGUUUAUCAUUAAAGGAAAUCUCGGGGCUAUAGUUUUUCAUCUGUCGCAAGACGUCUCUCCAUCUUUGGUCUUUCUCGAAAGAUCUCAUCCUAGUCUUUUUGAGGUUUUGCAAGCGGAGCAGCUUCCAACUCCUCACUGCGGAAUUCUAGUCCGAUCCUUUUAUUGUAUCUACUUUUUCCUCUUUCACCAUCAUUUUCUUUAUCUAUCUAUUUCUUCUUUUACAGCUCUAAAUGGCUUCUGAAUCUUCCAAGGUUGUCCCUCUGACUUGCCAUGGACAUUCUCGGCCUGUUACCCACCUAAGCUUUUCUUCCCUGGUGGAGGACGAUCAAUACUACCUGAUUUCAGCAUGUAAAGAUAACAAUCCGAUGCUCAGGGAUGGAGUAACUGGGGACUGGAUUGGUACAUUCAUGGGCCACAAAGGCGCAGUAUGGCAGGCUCGCCUUUCGUCAGACGCCACAAUAGCAGCAACUGCUGCUGCGGAUUUCUCUGCAAAGGUUUGGGAUACGCAUACGGGAGAAUGCUUGCACACACUUCAGCACGCACAUAUCGUCCGUGCCGUCGCGUUCCCGAUGCAAGCUAAUCCUCAAAUUCUGGCAACUGGUGGAAUGGAGAAGAAACUCCGCAUUUUCGAUCUUUCGCAAAGCGGAAAGAGCAGUACUUCGUCUCCAACGUCUCCGUAUGGAUCAACUGGAGUUAAUGGAGUCAGUGGUGGGUCAACGUCAACGCCAAUGACAAGUUUUGAAAUUGGCCCAGGGGUUCAUGGUGGCACCAUCAAGUCAAUCAUCUGGAACCAGGAUUACAAUAUCAUCACCACGGCCUGUGAAGAUCGAAAAAUCAGAUGGUGGGAUCUCCGCUCGCGUCUUCCCUUUGUAGAGCAUACCGUCGAUGGCACGAUUGGGAGCUGCGAGUUGAACGCGCUCUCCACCACGCCUAACGACCCAGGAAUCUUGAGCGUCGCUGCUGGGAAGUCAGCCUAUUUCUUCGACGGAACCAGUCCUGGCCGCUUGUUUAGAAAAGUGGACUUCAAGUACGAAGUUGCAAGCGUCGCUGUGAAUAAACAGACUGGAAGGUAUGUGACGGGAUCUGUGGGAGACACCUGGGCGCGGGUAUACGACUUGGAAACUAACGAGGAGCUUGAAGUUCAGAAGGGUCAUCAUGGACCGAUAUGGUCCGUCAGUUACUCUCCAGAUGGAAAGUUGUAUGGAACCGGCAGCGAGGACGGGACUAUCAAGUUAUGGAAAGCUUGCAGGGAGCCGUAUGGACUGUGGAGAUAGACAAGCCCUCACAGAAUAUGAAAAGUCGGCGCAUGCGAAGCAAAAGUAUGAGAGACAGAUGUCGAGCUGGCCGUCUUCCCAUCCCAUCCCUUUGCCAAUGACACAACACAGAAGAAAAGAAAAGCAAUAUAUUUUAUGUGGCUAGAUAUAGUUUUGCUAUGAAAAGACAGAAUCGAUGCCAAAUAAUAAUCACCUUGUGGACUCAUCUACACACUCUGGUAUGUGUAUGCUUAUGGGUAUGUAAUGAUAACUCUAUUCAUUUUCUUUUCAUUGUAGACUGGUAUAUCAGUGUACCAUUUCUCCAUUCAUUCAUUUGUCCUAUCUAUUUCUAUGCAUGUCCGUUCAUUACUUGCCAUCUGUAGUGGUACCCCGUUUCCUCACCCCCUUUUGUUCAACUUUCCUUGUACCUUGCAUCCCAACGGGAGAAUGACCAACAUAAACAGCUAGCUACCUGGGUUGUUGAAAGCGUCCUUCAGUAGAAAAAAUAUAUAUUACAAAACUUCUACAAUUCACUCAGUCUCUCAAA